AUGGCUGAUAAAAGUUCACCGUCGCCUCUGCCAGGUCAGCCCAUGUACCCUGGCACUCCAUCGCGGGCUCCCAACAGCCCCUCGAGGUCCAACUUGAAGGCACCGCCCAACUUGGCCGUCACGUCCAUCUCGCCCCUCACGGCGACGGCGACAUCGACGUACACAGGCACCACGGUCCCGCUGCCGAUCGCCCGCAAAAAGUUCAACAACGCACCCGCCGUCGAGCCGUCACCCGGUCGGAAACGCAGCUGGGCCGCCGUGCGGGAGGGCGGCUUCCUGCAGUCGUGGAAGCAGCGCUUCCUCGUCCUGCGCAAGGAAUGGAUCGACUUCUCCAAGGCUGAGGGCGAGAAGCCCGUGUACACUCUGUUUCUCAAGGACGUCGUCGCCAUCGGACGCGUCGAGACGACGACGCCCACCUUCGAGGUCAAGCGGAGGCUCGACGGUCCCUCCAACAGCCCCGGGGAAAAGGACGGGCAGACGAAGACGCUGCACAUCAAGACCAAGACGGAAGAGGAGCUCUACACCUGGAUGGACUUCAUCUACGACAGCUGCCCCGACCUCGGAGGCGUCAGCAACCCGACCAACUUCUCGCACGCCGUCCACGUCGGCUUCAACCCCACGAGCCGCGAGUUCGUCGGGUUGCCGCCCGAGUGGAUGAGGCUCCUCAACGGCUCGGCCAUCACCAAGGAGGAUUACGCCCGGAACCCGCAGGCCGUAAUCGAAGCCGUCGACUUCUACUCGGACCUGACCAAGCGGUCCGAAAACCCCGUCGAGUUCCUCGCCCUGUCGCCGACGCACGUGCCGACGGAGCAUUGGGGUCGCGAUGCGAGCCCUCACCGACCCAGCCCUGGCCCCGGCCCCGGCCCCGGCUUCGCCGCGCAGCCGCCGCCGUUGCCGUCGUCCGUCGUGCCCGCCCUGCAAACCCCCAAGCCGCCACCCCCUCCGCGGCCGCCCAACGGCAUCCAGGCCCAGCGACCGCCGCCGCGGCCGCCGCCGCCCAAGGCCAAGCCCGAGGGGGCGGCCGACGACUCGUCCCUCUUCCCCGCGCCCCUGCGGCUGGUGCAGGACUCGCCGCAUCAGAAGCCGCAGCCGCACCCGCCCUCUGCCUUCUCGGACCCCGACGACGAGGCGACGGAGGUGUCCCUCGCCUCGGAGCCGAGCGUGACGGCGAUCCCGGUCCCCUCGAAGCGGCGCCAGGGCGCUCGCCACCUGACGACGUCCGAGGGUGAGCUCAUCGCGAAGCUCAGGGCCGUCGUCUCCGACGAGGACCCCACCCUCUGCUACGUCAAGCAGAAGAAGAUCGGCCAAGGCGCCUCCGGCUCCGUCUACGUGGCCAAGAUCCUCGACACCGCCGUCGGGCUGGCCCAGGACCUGCGGAUGAGGAAGGGACCGUCGACGCGCGUCGCCAUCAAGGAGAUGAACUUGGCGCGCCAGCCUCGCAAGGACCUCCUCGUCGACGAGAUCAUGAUCAUGAAGGACAGCCGCCACCCCAACAUCAUCAACUUCCUCGACGCCUUCCUGCUGAGCGACAGCCGCCAGCUGUGGGUCGUCAUGGAUUACAUGGACGGCGGCGCCCUGAUCGACAUCAUCGACAACAACCGCUCCAUCUCGGAGAAGCAGAUUGCCACCAUCUGCAGAGAGACCUGCAAAGGCCUCCAGCAUCUGCACGCCCAGGGCAUCGUCCACAGGGACAUCAAGAGCGACAACGUGCUACUCGACAAGAGAGGCAACGUGAAAAUCACCGACUUUGGCUUCUGCGCGAAACUCACCGAGCGCCGAUCGAAGCGCGCCACCAUGGUGGGCACGACGUACUGGAUGGCGCCCGAAGUCGUCAAGCAGAACAAGUACGGCCACAAGAUCGACAUUUGGUCCCUCGGCAUCAUGACCAUCGAGAUGGUCGAGCUGCAGCCGCCGUACAUGGACGAGGAGCCGCUGCGGGCGCUGUAUCUCAUCGUCACCAACGGCACGCCCCCCCUGCGGAAGCCCGACAGCAUGAGCCAGGCCCUCAAGCAGUUUCUGGCCGUGUGCCUGCGCGUCGAGGUGAAGAAGCGAGCGACGGCCGACGAGCUGCUCGAGCACACCUUCCUGCAGUCUUGCUGUCCCAUCGAUGGCCUGAUAGGCUUGCUGUCGUUUAAGAAGUAG